AUGUACCAAUUGAGCACAGAUCCCGAUUUCCACUUUGAGAUCCUUCGGGUUCUUGGGUUUGCUCCAUUUGAAGGUUCAGAUAUUGGAGAAGUUCUCAUUGCGGCAAACAAGAUAAGAUAUGGGGACAUGGAAAGCUUUCACGACGCUUUCAAUACUAUCGCCACUCAAGUCCAGAACUUGUCGACCUCAAUAGACGCCACAAAGAACCCCAUAUCUGCGAGAAAUGCAUUUUUUCGUGCCUCCAGCUAUUUUCGCUCGGCGGACUUUUACCUUCAUGGAAACUGGAGCGACCCGCGCAUCUAUACCCUAUGGGAUGAACAACUAGCGGCUUUCAAUUCGGCCAUUGCUCUCCUUCCUGUUCCUGUCCAACGUAUUGUUUUAAAUGAAUCCGGAUUUGAGAUUCCCACUAUUUUUUACGGCACUGGGAUUCCCGGUCCACGUCCUACGAUCAUCAUGUGCAAUGGCUACGACGGUUCACAAGAAGAGAUGUAUCAUUAUAUAGGCAAAGCGGUCCUCGAUCGUGGGUGGAACGUCAUCACGUACGAGGGCCCUGGGCAGCCAACUGUAAGACGUGAUCAAAACCUCGGAUUCAUCCCUGAAUGGGAACGAGUUCUCACCCCAGUCGUCGAUUACGCUUUGACGCGACCGGAGGUCAACCCUUCUGCCAUCGGGUCGUUGGGACUUUCAUUCGGAGGAUGGCUCGCUCCGCGUGCAGCAGCAUUUGAGCCCAGGAUUGCUGCGACUAUGGCUAUUGAUGGGCUUUAUGACUUUGGUCCGUUUAUUCUUAGUCAAUUCGGGCCUGAGAUUGAGGCUCUCUUCAAUGCGGGGAAUGCGACUGCUUUGAAUUCUAUUGUUAACGGUGUUCUUGAAGAUCCUAGCACAAAGACCAAUCUUCGCUGGGGUAUACAGCAGGGACUCUGGUCUUUCAACUGCAAGACUCCCUUCGAGUGGCUAAGGGCUAUUCAAUCGUACACUCUUGAAGGUUUGACUCAAAACAUCACUACGCCUGUCUUCAUCGGUGACUCCCAGAAUGAUUUAUUCUUCCCCGGUCAGGCCAAGCAACUUGCGGAUCAUCUCGGGGACUUGGCUACAUAUCGCAUGUUUACAAAUGCAGAAGGUGCGGGCGAACACUGUGGUACUGGAGCUGGUGUUUUACAGAGUCAGAUUGUCCUCGAUUGGUUUCAAGACGUUAUUGACAGCGCGUGA